UGAUGUUUGAUACACAGAAACACAAUUAACAUGUUCAGAGUUCCAUAAUUUUCCCACUUACUGUCUUCAUCUUCCAACCAAGACUUUUGCAUUUGAAAUUCCUCUUCCACUGUUAAAGGUUCAGAACAUGUCAAUUCUUGUAGUUCAGGACUUUUCAUCCAUUCGUGGUAAUUCAACACAUGUUGUUUUAAAUAGGGAACCAGAAUCAAAUUUCCGCAGUCUAUACUCGUAUUUUGAUUAAAUCUCAUGUUUGAUGCAACCUAUUUCCCCUUUAUUAUUCCCUUGCCAAUUUCCCGAUCAACGUACUUGGACUAGAGUUUUUUCUUUUUAGAGAUCAAUCCGUUUUUUUAAAUCCAAGGUAAGAUUAACUAUAAAAGAAAGCAAGAAAAAGGAAUGAUGUUUCUUACUUUUCUGUAACGGCGAUUCUAUAUAAAAACCCUGCAGGAAAAAGUGAAGGGGUCGAAGGACAUAGGCAGGUUUUCAGUUCCACCAACAAGAAGUAAACUUACAAAGUUUUACCAAACUGACUAGUUUUAGCGAUUAAUUGCUUCGUAAAAUGUCAGAAAAUGCAAUAGCAGAGUGUUUAGGAACGUUGGAAUCUGCAAAGAAUUUAUGUUUGCAAAUUCACAAUAGCAAGAAUGAAGAUCCGGUAAACAACCAAGAAAAGGUUCAUCAAAUAAGAAAGCAACUUUCUGCUAGACUUUUGCUUUUGAGAGCUGUAAAUCGAGAAUCGUACGAGCAACUUCAAAGAGCAAAGGAAACAACGGGUGAUCACCGUGCUUCUCUCGAGCAAGCUCUAGUAAAUCUGCAAGCAUUACAGUACCAAAAGUUACACUUGAACGCAAUUAUCAAAGAUUUUCAUGAUAAAGAACACCUAUAUACCCAGCUUCCACUAAUUUCUAAGGAAGAAUUUUUAAAAGAACAUUCCGACUUACAAAAUGCAAACGACCAUGAGAUUAUGAUUGCGAGACUUCAAGAUGAGUUAACGGAACGCCAGCGGCUUUCCGGUCUCAAACAAGAUCUACUCAAACGAAAAGCAACUCUCAUUUCAGAAAACAAGGCGAAGCGUAUCAAGUUAGAGAAACUUGAUGAGAAACUAGAAGCCUUCUUUCGAUCCGUCGUUCCCGUACAAGAAUACUACCGAAGUACUUCUUUAUAAGCGGAGUAAUUACAGCACAGUUCGAUUUUUACUUUCUUGUUUUUUGUCAAUGUUUCAUGCAGCGAUGAUUAUGUAUAUCAAAUGAUAUUGUUGUAUUUUCAGCAAUCUGCUUACAGCCUUAACAAUCCUUUAAUCCACAAGUCGGUUUAAUUUAGUUUGAUUCAACGAGUGAUUGCAACUUUCCAAUGUAGUUUCCUAAUUCUUGGUGAAUCUUCUUUCCAAGAGCUUCUCUUUGUUUUUCUAAAAGCGCUCGACGCGAUUUUAUUUCGUUUAAGCGACUCGUUUUUCUUUGAACGUUCUCCUCGCUGUUUAAAUCUGUCAAUAUUUAUUACCCUUAUAAUAAUAAUGCCAGCUUUUGUCUGGAUUUUCCUUACUUUUUACUUUGUAGGAGCUUUAAUUCCUUUGUUAGCGCUGCCUUUUCAUGUUCUAUCUGCUUUGUAAAUUCUUGCUCAAUUUGAUCACGUUUCCUUAUGCAGCGUUCCAUGUGUUUGAUGCUCAAUUCUUCCAAAACACGUUCAAUCAUGUCAGAACUGUUUUUUAAUUAGAUGAAUUCUUAUAGUUUAAUAUAUUAACAUACUUGGA